AGCCAAUCUCCUGAUAAUAAUACUCCAACUACAUGUAUUAAACACUCAGACAAUAUGUAGAUGACCAUCAGAUCCUCACAGCAGACUUUCCCCUCUGCAUGCUCGCGAGACUACAUGACUAGCUCAAAGAAGACUAACCUUGUGCACGUGUAGGUUUUUCACUGUUUCUAACGGUUUAAUUAAUAGUCUGUAGUGUAUUAAAAGACACAUGGUGACAAGGGAUGAGUACGAGUUCGAGUCUAGACAACCCUAUUGAUCAAUACAGUCAUCACGAUGGAUUUGAGAUCUCUUUUGUGGAACCCCCGAAAGAGCUGCCACUAAAGUGCUCUAUUUGCCUGGAGCUUCUCACUGACCCCUGUAUCCUCGAUUGUGACUGUGGAAGCAACUUCUGUAAAAUGUGUAUUGAGACGGUCAAGAAAAAACGCUAUCCUUGUCCCCUAUGCCAGCAGCAAUUUACGACUAUUUUCCCCAACAAGCAGCUACAGCGCACCCUCAAUGGGCUAACGAUCCACUGUCCCCACAAGGCAGAUGGCUGCUCCUGGAUGGACGAACUUGGCAAGCUUAAGAAGCACCUCAAUCGAAUGCCAUCCAGCGAGACAAGACUAGAAGGCUGUGGGCACACUGAUGUGUUGUGUCAGUACUGCAAGACGUUCAUUUCUCGUAAAGACAUCCCUACACACGAAACUGAGACAUGUCCAAAGAAGCCGCACACUUGUCAGUAUUGCGGUCAUUCCUCCGUCCUCGAUGACAUCAGAGAGAACCACUGGCUCGUCUGCCCCCAGUUUCCUGUCCCCUGUCCAUACGAGUGUGGAGAGAGACCCCAACGUCAGGGCCUCAAGAUUCAUGUUAAGAAAAAGUGUUUGUUGAUCCCUGUACAGUGCAAUUUUCAGUACGCUGGUUGUAAGGUGGAGAUAUCCCGACGAGACAUGGCCAAUCAUCUGAAGGAUAACGUCGUUGAUCACAUGACCUUGAUGUCCAUCAAACACAGAGAGGAAGUUAGCUCAUUGAAAGAAACGAACAAACUUGUACAGAAAGAAUGUGCUGAUUUGAAGGGGGAGAACAAACGUUUGCAGUCCCAGUUGACUGGUGUUAAUGGCGCAACUCAAAACUUGACAUCUAUAAUGGUAAAAUUGGAGAUGCAAUUAAAGCACAAAGCUAGCGCUAUUGUCCCUGUGCAACCACCUUCUUCUGAAGUACCUCCAGUGAGAUUUGUGGUUACUGACGCAAAACAUCUAAGACAACAGGAAAAAGAAUGGAAUUCUAAGCCAUUUUUCUCAAAAAGUGGCUACAGUAUGGUGUUAAAUGUUCAUUUAUGUGGUAAUAAGGAUGGCUAUGGUUCACAUCUUUCUGUGUACACCUAUAUCGUUAAAGGGAAGUACGAUCAUCUGUUGAUUUGGCCUUUCUUUGGUUCGGUGACCAUUACACUAGAGGACCAGGAACUGGGAAACCACUAUACGUAUUCACUGCUCUACACGCAUGAACAGACUAACGGAGAAGGGGGUGCACGUGAACAAACUAACGGAGAAGAGGGUGCACGAAGAUACCACGACACUCUUACGAGCGGAUGGGGAUGGAGCAAGUUUAUUGAGUUAAAGCACCUCAAUCCUAACUUUUUGAAAGACGAUUGCCUUGUGUUUCAAAUUGAUAAUAUCAGCUUUUCCUAUGAUUUAUAGUGAAUUGUGUGAUUGUGUGUAUUUAUAAUUAUGAUUAAUGGUCACGUUAUUAAUAUUCCUAUUCUGCUAAUGUCCUUCCUUUUUCUGUUUUUUGUCACUACAUUUGUAGUAUUUUUG